CGCCGUGCGGCGGGGGCGGGCGGCGCCGCGGCGCGGGAGCGGGGGCGGGGUGGCGCCGUCUGGCUCGGUUGGGCCGGGGCGGGAGCGCGGCGCGGGACGGCGGCCCUGCGGAGCUGCGGACGGCGGCCGGCAGAGUGCUUGUGAUUUUAUCUUUUUUUUCUGAACUUCACCUAUUUUUUCUGACUCUUGGAUGAUGGAUUAAUAAGAACACUGAAUUUCUUCGGCAUAUUUCAAGUUGGUGACUAUUGAAUUUUCACCCUAGUCCAGCAGCACUGCUGCUCACUUAAAUACAGAUGAAUGAAGACCCCAUUCGGGAAGACCCCUGGCCAGCGAUCCAGAGCUGAUGCAGGCCAUGCUGGUGUGUCUGCAAACAUGAUGAAGAAAAGGACGUCCCACAAAAAACAUCGGAGCAGUGUGGGGCCCAACAAGCCCGUCUCCCAGCCCCGGCGGAACAUCGUAGGCUGCAGGAUUCAGCAUGGGUGGAAGGAGGGGAAUGGCCCUGUCACCCAGUGGAAAGGAACCGUGCUGGACCAGGUGCCUGUAAAUCCUUCUUUGUACCUUAUAAAGUACGAUGGAUUUGACUGUGUUUAUGGACUGGAACUCAAUAAAGAUGAAAGAGUUUCUGCGCUUGAAGUACUCCCUGAUAGAGUUGCAACAUCACGAAUCAGCGACGCACACCUAGCAGACACGAUGAUCGGCAAGGCGGUGGAGCACAUGUUUGAGACUGAAGACGGUUCUAAAGACGAGUGGAGGGGCAUGGUGCUGGCGCGAGCACCAAUCAUGAACACAUGGUUUUACAUAACGUAUGAGAAAGAUCCUGUCUUGUACAUGUACCAGCUCUUAGACGAUUAUAAAGAAGGCGACCUUCGCAUUAUGCCCGAUUCUAAUGAUUCGCCUCCAGCAGAAAGGGAACCGGGAGAAGUUGUGGACAGCCUGGUAGGCAAACAAGUGGAAUAUGCCAAAGAAGACGGCUCUAAAAGGACUGGCAUGGUCAUCCAUCAAGUGGAAGCCAAACCGUCUGUCUACUUCAUCAAGUUUGAUGAUGAUUUCCAUAUCUAUGUCUACGAUUUGGUGAAAACAUCCUAGAUGUCAUCAUGAACUUGGCCAAAUUUGUGGAACUAUUAAAUGUAUAAUUUGUAGACAUAAAGACUUGAUUGCUUUCCAGUUUAAUGAAAGCUUAAAUGUCCCUGCGAACCCACAAUCUCUGCAGCAGAACUGGUUUUGUUCUGAGUAGUACAGAUUUAUGUGAACACAGAGCAUUUUGUGUCAGGAACUCCUUCCUCUUAAAAGAAGUCUGUCUGUUCGGAGGGGAGUUACAGGCAAGUUUGGUAAAGUUCAGCUGGUAUCAUACAUUUAAACUGACAGAUCUUCUCCAUCUCCCCCUUCACUCUGAUGAACUCUCUUACUCUGCUGCCACAAUGCAAGCAUAGUUUGGUAUUUUUGUUACUGCCUUUUUUGAGAUAUAUAUGUAUCUAUAUCUACCUAUCUAUAUAUCUGUGUGUAUACAUAUGUAAUAUAUCUAUACACACACACAAAUCUGUACUCACACACACGCACACGCACACACGUCAUUUGGCAGUCCUUUGUGGAUUGGGACAGAGUUUAAAUAAUUUUCUCCAGUUUAACAGGAGUGCUUGACCCAAGUCAGUCAUAUUUACUAUAUUACUGCUAUUUAUUUAAGAAGAAUUUGGGCACAUAAGGAUGGUCAGCUUGUUCUGAAAGCCAAGAUCAGAGCACGUUUUCAAUCUGGAGGCUUUAAACUGUAGGUCCAGAUAUGAAUCACUUGUGAAUAGAUACCGACCCACGUCAGAACUUAACAAAACAGAAAUCUGCAUUAAAGGCUGCCUGUAAUUAGAAACUUUGUAAAUUUUUUUUUUGUUUACUUCGUUUUAAUCAUCAAUACUUUUUUUUUUUAAAGCC